AUGGCGACCCAGCUGGGCAAAAGGAAAUCGGACGGCACGAGACCAGGGCGGCAUGACGAGAAACAAGCAUCAUGUGGAGGGAGCCAUCGUCAGGAUCAAGAUGGAGAACUUUCUUACAUAUGACUUGUGUGAGGUGUUUCCUGGUCCUCACUUAAACAUGAUUGUUGGUGCAAAUGGAACAGGAAAGUCUAGCAUCGUUUGUGCUAUUUGUCUGGGAUUGGCUGGAAAGACCUCCUUUAUUGGCCGAGCCGAUAAGGUUGGCUUUUAUGUGAAGCGUGGAUGUCAGAAAGGCAUGGUGGAGCUCGAAUUGUACAAAUCAUCUGGGAAUCUGAUCCUAAUGCGUGAAAUUCAAGUAUCAAAUAACCAGUCAACAUGGUACAUCAAUGGAAGGAGUGCCUCCUUAAAGUUGGUUGAAGAGCAGGUAGCUGCAUUGAAUAUUCAAGUAGGAAAUCUUUGUCAGUUUCUGCCACAGGAUAAAGUUGGAGAAUUUGCCAAACUAUCUAAAACUGAACUCUUGGAAGCAACAGAGAAGUCUGUUGGACCUCCAGAAAUGCAUCGAUUUCACUGUGAACUAAAAAACUGCAGAGAAAAGGAAAAAGAACUUGAGAAUAAAUGUAAAGGCCAUGAAGAGGUUUUGGAAAAAUUGAAGCAAGGGAAUGAACGUUACAAGCAGGAUGUUGAGCGAUAUUAUGAAAGGAAGCGUCACCUUGACAAAAUCAAGAUGCUGGAGAGGAAACGGCCUUGGGUGGAAUAUGAAGAUUGCCGUCAACAAUAUGAAGAAGUGAAGCAAAAACGUGAUAAGUUAAAAGAAGAGCUUAAGAGAAAACAAGAAUCUCAAGCACCUCUUACGCAAAAAAUCCAGCAGUAUGAUAAGCAGCACAAGCAAAUUGAUGGACGAAUUAAAGAAAAAGUGAGUGAAAUUCGUGAAACUUCACAGAAGUGCAAACAGACACAAGAAUUUUUGGAAAAGAAAGAAAAGCAGAUAGAAGAUGUUCAACAAAAGCUGAGAAUGAAGAGAGAUGAAGAACAGGACAGACAGAAAAAGAUUGUUAACAUUCGUAAGAUGAUUGAAGAUUGGCAAAAUGAGUUGAGCUCAAUGGGGAAUCUAGAGGCAUUUCAGCAGGAGAUGGAUGUGAUUGGUCGUGAACUGACUCAAAUUCAGGAAGAAAAAGCAAACACAGAAAAUGAAAUGAGUGACUUGCGUAUGGAGAGGCAAAACAUGGAGAGAGAAAAGAGAGACAAAGGUAAUCUUCUUAAGCAGCAUGAUAAUUUACUGAAUCUAAAAGAACAAAACCUGCAAAAGAAAUUUUCAGACACUUACAAUGCAGUUGUUUGGCUUAAAGAGAAUAAAGAUCGGUUCAAGAAACGUGUCUGUUUUCCCAUUAUGUUAGAGAUUAAUGUGAAAAAUAAUAGGUAUGCAAAAUAUGUGGAAAAUCACAUUUCAGUAAAUGACAUGAAAGCCUUUGUGUUUGAAAGCCAAGAGGAUAUGGAGGCUUUUUUGAAAGAGGUCCGUGACAAUAAGAGAUUAAGGGUAAAUGCCGUAUGUUCACCUUCAGAACACUUUGCAGACCGACUGCCAAUGAAGCCAAUCACAGAGUUACAACAAUAUGGCUUUUUCUCUUACUUGAGAGAGCUGUUUGAUGCUCCCCAGCCAGUGAUGAAUUACUUAGUCUCCCAGUAUCAGGUGCAUGAGGUUCCUGUGGGAACAGAAAAGACUCGACAUUUGAUAGAAAGAGUAAUAAGAGAGACUAAACUCCGCCAGUUGUACACAGCAGAAGAAAAGUACUCCACAAAGGUAUCUGCGUAUAGCAACAGUGUGAUCUCAAGUAACAAUCCUUUGAAGGAAGCCAGAUUUCUCACAGUCACGGUGGACCCGGAGGAGAGGAGACAGGUUCUUGAACAAUACAAGGAGAUCGAGGAAAGGUGCUCAGUGUUAGACAACCAGAUGCGUGAGCUAACUAAUAGUCAGAAGUUGCUGGACAAAAGAGAUAAUGAACUGAGGUCACGGAAAAAAGAAAUACUGGAUAUGAAAACCAAAAAGCGACAGCUAGAACAGAGAAUUAGUACCAAAUUUGAUAGCUUGAAACAGUUGGAGCAAGAAAAUAAUAAUUUGGAAGAAGCUGAAGAACAAGCAAAUGCCAAAAUAAGAGAAGUUAACCUCCAGAAGGCAAAACUUGUUACAGAACUCACCAGAUUAAUUAUGGUAAGCUUUUACUAG